UUCAUAUAUGAUGUUAACUAACUAAUAGAUUGCAAAUCUGAUAUGGGGUGAUCAUUUGAGAGUGAUUUUAUGUUAAUGUGCUAAGUGGCUAAAUGUACGAGAUUUUAUUUUAUUUUUUAAAUGUUUGCCUUGUUUUGUUAUUGAGGAACAUGAACCAGUUAAAAUGUGCAGCGCUUCUAAAACAAGUGCAGUAGAGCCUCCGUAUGCUCUACUUAAUAUUCAUGAGCCAAGCCUACGCUCGUAGAACGUUUCCAUGCAACGUCAUCAUAACAACUGAUAUUCAUGAGCGGGCAUUAGCCAUUGGUAGGUUGCCUGAUAGCGUAAGUAUGACGUGAUUAAUAUUCAUGAGUUAAGCUUCCACCUCGAUGUGAUUCGUAACGUCAGAUAUAGAUGCGCGUGUCGCACGAGGGAAGCUGUUUCUAUCUUAUUUCUUUACUAAUUAUGAACAACGUAAGGAUUUGAUAUGAUGGAUGAGAUAGUUUGGUGUUAAUAUGUAGGAUAUAAAACCUUUUCAGACUACAUAAAGCCUUUUAAAAUGACUCUUGAGUGUCGUAAAGUGUAAUCGAGUGUAUGAGAUCAUUAAGAAAUCAAUGGAUCAGCAAACUGUAUCCAAGAGAUCAUACAGAACAACAACACAUGUCUUCUUCUUCUAGAAAACUACAGGAAGCUCUUCAAUGACGAAUCUGAACUGCUCUGGGCGUCAUCAGAGAAGAACGGCCCCUCAACAUGCAGACAGCAGAAACGAGCUGGUCAGCGCGCCGAUGCACUCCAGGGUCAAUGGCUGGUCAUUGCCGCUCCACGUUUUCCAGCUGAUCGCAUGGCUCAUGUACAGCUUCUUGGCCAUCGUGGGAUUCGGGAUUUAUAUUCCUCUUCUGCCAUCGCCAUGGAGAUUUGCAGCGUAUGGUUUGAUUGGUGCAGCUUUUGUUCUGCAUUUGUUCACUCACGUGGCGGCUGUAACAAUCGACCCUGCCGAUCUCAGCGUUCGCACCAGGAAGGAUUACUCCAGCCCAGUGCCUGUGUUUGACAACACCAAACAUCAACACGUCAUCGACAAUCUGCACUGCAGCCUGUGUGAGGUGGACGUGGGACUUAAAGCCAAACACUGUAGCAACUGCAACAAGUGCAUAGCAGACUUUGAUCAUCACUGUAAAUGGCUGAACAAUUGUGUUGGAGGGAGGAACUACUGGCUCUUUUUCAUAACCAUCUCGUCUGCUGUUUGUGGAAUAUUUCUCCUCACUCUUGUCAUGUUGUUUGUCUUCAUUGAGCAUCAUGUGAAUCCAGCAGUUCUGCGCACUGCACCGCAGUUUCAGGCUGUGAAAGGAAACGGAACAUGGCUCGUUUUCCUACCGGCAGCUCCGUUAGAGACCAGCUCCAUUAUUCUGUUAGCGUUGGCGUUCAUUUCCAUCAUGUUGGGUCUGGCUUGUCUAUUAUUGCUUUGCCAUUUACUCUGCUUCCAUAUUUACUUGUUGUCUGAAGGCAUUAGCACCUAUGAGUACAUUAUGAGGAAGCGUCAGUCACCAAACCCCAAAGACAAAGAGCAGAGUAUUCCUCCUGCACCGACUUCUAAUGGAACCACCACACAGAGCCUUGGGCCGUUGGAAUCCCCUGUCAGUUGUGACGCUCCAUUGUCCAGCAGGUCUUGUACCUUCAAGCUGGAAGAAAUAGGACAAACGUCCAGUCGACUGCCAGAGCCCAUCUGUGCUGAGAUGGAGGCAUCCAGCGGAGAGAGACAUGUGGACUUCAGCUCAAAAUCGCCGACACAAACGAUUCCUGGCGAGCCUACGUUGUCACUUCCUGUGGGCUUGAACCUCAGCGGGAUCGAGAAGCCUCAAACCCCAGGACAGAAUAACGUGAAGUCUGAGGGAAUUCCUAUCGUACAAGCUCCGCUGGGGAGUUCCAUCAUGGAUGCAACAGUGAUUCAUCAACAGCUGAUCACAGACACUCAACCGGAGGCCAUGCAUCCUCAGUAUCUUGGGUAUAAAGAGCAGAUGCCAUAGGUAAUCAUGUGACAGCUGGAGGAUUUGACAUCAUGAAUUUCCAGAGAGCGAUGAGGAGCAGAGCCUUUCUGAAUAAACGAUUGAUUCUAAUCGGAAUUGCAAUCCAACAUACUACUCUGACUUUUGCUGAAGUGUGCAGAUUUUCUGUAAGCAUGAAAUCGACUAGCUUUCAGGGCCCUCUGAUUAAUUGUACAUUUUUUUAUAUGUCCAGGUAAUGGAAAGCUGGUUUAUUUUUAAAGGAAUUGUUCUUAACUGAUCAAGGUUGAAAUGCAAACAAUGUUAUGACACUAUUGCAGCUAUUAGAUGAAUAAAUGCUCCACUACAUUAAUGUUACAGACCCUAGCAAUGCCUAGCAACCAACCAAAAGACCCUAGCAACCAGUUAGAACAGCCUGGAUAUGGCUAGCAACCAGCUAAAAGACCCUAGCAACCAGCUAGGACACCCUAGCAAUGCCUAGCAACCAACCAAAAGAUGCUAGCAACCAGCUAGAAGACCCUAGCAAUGCCUAGCAACCAACCAUAAGACCCUGGAUAUUACUAGCAACCAACUAAAAGACCCUAGCAACCAGUUAGGACACCCUAGCAAUGCUUAGAAACCAACCAAAAGAUGCUAGCAACCAGCUAGAAGACCCUAGCAAUGCCUAGGAACAAACCAAAAGACCCUAGCAACCAGUUAGAACAGCCUGGAUAUGACUAGCAACCAAAUGAAAGACCCUAGCAACCAGCUAGGACACCCUAGCAAUGCCUAGAAACCAACCAAAAGAUGCUAGCAACCAGCUAGAAGACCCUAGCAAUGCCUAGCAACCAACCAUGCCUAGCAACUGGUUAGAACAGCCUGGAUAUGACUAGCAACCAGCUAGGAGACCCUAGCAAUGCCUAGCAAUCAAGCAAAGGACCCAAACAACCAGUUAGAACAGCCUGGAUAUGACUAGCAACCAAUUAAAAGACCCUAGCAACCAGUUAGAACAGCCUGGAUAUGACUAGCAACCAAUUAAAAGACCCUAGCAACCAGCUAGGACACCCUAUUAAUGCCUAGCAACCAACCAAAAGAUCCUAUUUAUGAAUUUAUAGCAAUUCAUUAAUAUUAGAUGAAUAAAUGCUUGACUGCAUUAAUGUUCUGUAUUUGUUAUUAUAUAUUUUGAAAUAAAAGCCCACAGGUUUUUCUCAGGAUGCUUAUGAUUCACACACCACAUGAUGGGGCUGUUGAGUGAUGAUGUCAUCCUUAAACUGCCCAUCUUGCUCAUUUCAAUUACAUCAUCGUGUGUUCAAUUGCAUCAUUUCUGUUAAACUGUUAAAGGGAAUUUUGUGUUUGUUAUUGUUAUUUAUUGUGUAUAUUAUUUUACCAUUUGUAUUUUAUUUUCUACUAUCUAGGGAAGACCGGGGCUAGUUGUCACAAGGAUUAAAUCUCAGUAACGAAAGUCCAGUUACACAAAUGCAUGUUUCUCUAGCAGUAGUUUUGUACGUUGGUUUCAAACAUCUAGUACAAAUGUGAAUUAAAGGAGUAUUGCAGGUUCAAUACAAGUACCACAAAUAUUCAUUUACAUUCUAACAUGCCCCUCGUUUAUUUAAAAAAGGGGGUUUCAGUGAGACACUUCCAAUGGAAGUCAAUGGGGCCAAUCAUUAAACGUUAAAACACUCACUGUUUCAAAAGUACACACACAAGACAUAAACAAUAUACAUGUUAACAUUA